AUGUGGAAGAAGCUUCUAAAGCUUAGACCACUUGCUCUGCAGUUUACUCAGAUGGAAGUUCACAAUGGCUUGCUAACAUCAUUCUGGUUUGAUCAGUGGUCUCACCUCGGGGUUCUGAUAAAUCUAACGGGUGAAAGGGGCUGCAUAGACCUUGGCAUCUCGAUAAAUACUACGCCCUACCGUCUCCGUAGGCAUAGAACUUCCGUCUUUAUAGAACGAGAGAUUCUACGCCUACGAGCCCUUGCUCCUGAUCUGAGUGAUGAUAUUUGUCUUUGGAAGCGGGAGAAUAAUGAGUUUCGGCCAGGCGCCACAUGUUCCAUGGUUAAGGGCAUUUGGUUUAAAGAGGCAACUCCCAAGUACUCCUUUUUGGCUUGGUUAGCUGCUCACAAUAGAUUAUCAACAGGAGAUAGAUUGCUCAGGCGGAAUCCUCAGGCAAUAUCAACAUGUUGGCUCUGCAAUUCAGCUAAAGAGUCGAUGUACCAUCUAUUCUUUGAGUGCCCUUUCUCUGGAGAAGUUUGGCGUGGUACGGUUCGAGGUCUGAUCAGUACUAUUCUACCGGUUUGA